AUGUCGCAGUACUCUGGAAAGAUUACCUUCUAUGAGGGGAAAUGCUUCACCGGCAGGAAGCUGGAGGUCAGAGGUGACUGUGAUAACUUCCAGGACCGCGGCUUCAUGAACAGGGUGAACUCCAUCCGUGUGGAGAGCGGCGCCUGGAUCUGCUACGAUCAUCCCGACUUUAAGGGCCAGCAGUACAUCCUGGAGCACGGAGAGUACCCCGAAUUCCAGAGGUGGAACUCCCACAACGACCACAUGGGAUCCUGCAAGCCCAUCCGCAUGCACGGAGAGCAUUACCGCAUCGAGCUGUUCGAGGCUUGCAACUUCUCCGGUCAGUGUGUCGACAUCUGUGACGACUGCCCCUUCCUGCAGAGCCGCGGACUCUCCAAGAACUGCAUCAACUCCGUCAAGGUGUACGGAGACGGAGCCUGGGUGAUGUACGAGGAGCCAAACUUCCGCGGCCGUAUGUACAUCGUGGAGCGUGGAAACUACUGCAGCCAUAACGAGUGGCAGGCCCAGAACCCCAACAUCCAGUCCAUCCGCAGAGUCGUCAACUACUUCUAA